AUGCCGGGGGACACAUCUUUAAUUGCUUCUUCAAUUUUCGGCAGACUUAGUACCCGCUCGAGUUUGAUUUCAUCCAGGGACUACAAGGCCACCGUACAGCUUCUUGAUGACAAUGAAACUCUUGAUCAGGAUUUCAAGAAGAGUGCAGACGGUCAACAAAUACUGGAUUAUGUGUGCAAGUUUUUGAAAAUUGUCGAAAAGGACUAUUUUGGUCUGCGUUAUCAAGAUGCAUACAAGCAUCGUUAUUGGAUUGAUAUGAAUAAGCCGAUUUCAAAGCAGAUAAGAGGUCCAAAUGUGGGAUUGCGUUUCCGAGUGCGCUUCUACCCAUCGGACGUAACCGUGCUGAAAGAAGAAAUCACGAGAUAUCAGUUGUUUGUGCAGCUUCAAAGAGAUCUUCUUCAUGGUCGCUUGCAUUGUCCAGAAAAGGAAGCGGCCACAUUGUGUGCCCUCAUCCUUCAGUCUGUCAUUGGUGAUUAUGAUGCUGAACCGCGGUCAGACGACUAUGUUUCUGAGUACAGACUCAUCUUGAAGCAGUCGGCAAAACUUGAAGAGAAAAUAGCUGAAGCUCACGAACAACUAAAAGGUCUUACACCGGCUGAAGCAGAGCUUGAGUUCUUAAAGAAAGCAUCUGAACUCGACACAUACGGUUUCGACCCAUUCUCCUUGACUGAUAAACAAGGACAACCGUUGUAUGUGGGUGUGACACAUCGCGGCAUCUACAUUUAUCAUUUUGGUCGAAAGAUGCAUCAUAUCCAAUGGCUUGUUUCAUAUUUCUUUUUUGUUGUAUUGUCCCAAGUCGAAAAAGUUGACUAUCUUGGCAAAUCGCUCUUCAUAACACCCACAACUGCAUAUGUGCCUCCGUGUGGUACUACGACUCUCGAUCUUAAUGCCACCACCAAAAAAGGCUCCAAAUCAUCCUCAUAUGGUACACUGAAGCUGCACUGUCCUUCGGCCACGUUCGCUAAACAUCUCUGGCGACAUAUACUAUCACAGCAAGCUUUCUUCACUGAAAGCGAUGCCAAACACAUCAAACCAAAAUUUUCUAAGCCGCGCAUACCACUGCUGUCACGUGGAUCAACAUUUCGGUUUCCAACAGCUCGUGUACUACACGAGAUUGAGUUGGAGGGCUAUGCGAAACGUGAUGGUCCUGAACCAACAUUCACCCGUUACACUCUCCAGCGACAACCACCACGUCAACAGUUCAUCGCACCCACAAGCAAAUACCAUACCCUACCAACGAUUCAUCUCAACAACAACUUCAAUGCAACAACGACGAUUCCGGAAGAGGAUGAUUCGGCUGAUCAAGCGGAGAUGUGCUCAUCACCGUUCAACGUGACCGCUCCUCCAGUAAUGCAAACGAAUGCGACGACUGCGUUGAAUAGCUCAGCAAUCGACAACGAGGAGUGCCCAGUAAGCGAGCAUGUUGAUAUAAUUCUGACGCCUCCGGUCAAAUGGCUAAAUCAUCGUUCGAUAAAGGCGGACAAAGAUGUAGCUACAACUAUAAAAGAAGGCGGAGUAGAAAGUACGGCAAAAAUUCAGUCAGAAAUUUUGGAGGAAUUUUUGAUGAGCGAUAGCUCAAUAAAGCCGUUAAUGACGAGUACUCCAAUUCAGUCAACUGUUUCCACAGUGGAUGAGCAACACGACCAACAACCAACUUCAUCGUCUUCUCUGCAGUCCAACAACGAUCUUCGAUUGCAAUCAGCUACUGGCACCGAUGCAAAUGAAUGUCAUCUUCUGAUACAAACAAAAACAAGAACAUCUCGUGGAUUGAUUUUCUCAACGUUGAAUGUCUUCUUUUCGUUCAUUCUUCUUGCAUUCUUUCUUAUCGCUUUGCUUAUCGCCAUUUUCGAGAGUCAUCCGAAAUUGUUGAAUUCAUCACCAACUGCUGAAAUGCUUCGUCACUCAUAUUAUGAACCAUUCCGAAGCUAUUUGCUGUCGUUGUACGAACGUUUCACAUCAUCAUCAUCAUCGAACUAA